AUCACCUUUUCCUUGCCUGUCAGACAUCUUGGGGUGAUCUGAAAACACUGCAGUUGUUCGAAGGACAAGUUCAGCUUUAAAUGUUGCUGGGGCAUUUGGGUGUGUGUGUACUUGCUGAAACCUCCAGUUUGUCAUACCUGAUCAUGCUGAACUGCUUUGCCAAAGCAGGCAAUCUUACUAGAGCUGGAUGGACGUACCACCUAUCCAUUUUCUAAAUUAGAAAUAACUCACACUAAGCUGGACCUCUGGUCCAUGGAGAGACUUGGAGUGGCUUUACCUUUCAGCAACUUGAGUUCUCUAGUCUUGGAUUAUUCCAGAUGUGGAGAUAAUGGUGUCAAAAAACUUAUCUCUGGACUGGAAGGAAACACAAAACUUUUAGUUCUGAGUCUCUGUUACUGUGAUUUAGGACCUCAAAGUGGAUCUGCACUGGGCACUAUUGUAGCCCGAACUGCUAUUUGCAACCUGUAUAUUAAUGGUAACAGCUUGCAAUGUCUGGGUGCCACAAAACUCCUCAAACCAAUGGCAGACUUUGCAGAAAGCCUUGGACGAGAAUGGAGAGCAAAUGGCUUGCUGUACAGCAAUGAUACUGCUUACCAAAAUCCUGCAGUAGCAAACGAAGAGGCAGGGAUUAAUUCAAAAGUUGUCAGUUCGAAUGCUACUUCUAAAACUGACAGGCCUAUUACAUUGGAAAGCACUGGGAAGAAAAAGAAAAGAAAAGGAUUAAAGAAAAAAAUUAAGAAACUGGAUCCUGGCCCAUGGUUAACAAAACUGCAUUUAGUCGAUAACGCCAUUGAUAAAAGAUUAAAUCAAACAGAAAAAAGUAUUAUGGAGUUCAUUCAGCUUUUGAUUUGUUUAAUCAAGAAUUCUGAACAUCUGGUUGAAAUUGAUAUCAAUGGGAAUGCGAUAGGAGAACAAUGUGCAGUCAAGGUAUUGGAAGCUGUGAAGGACCGAAGGAAAGAAGAAAUGCCAGGCUUAAAAAUUAAGGUAACCCCUCAGAUUUCGUCAGCCACCUUUCGGGAAAUUUUCAAGAGCUGCUCAAAACCCUCUCCAACUAAAAAGAAAAAGAAAAAGAAAAUCAAGUGACUAUGAAGUUCACAUUUCUGAAGAGGCUCAAUUCAAGAAAGCUGAUAUACCCAAGCAAACUGCUUUUCAUAUAAUGUCCUAAUUUUGUAAACCUUGUAUACAAAGAGCAUUUUCAAUUAAAAUUAAAGAGUGAAUGGGAAAAUGUACAGGAA